GAUCUUUUUACUUAUACUAGGUCGUGUGCCCUCUCACACUUGAACUUGAGUUUCUUAGGAUACACACCGUCUUUGCAAGUACUUCAGACUACUACUCAACUCACCAUGUCCCCUUCAGCUACUUUUGACACACCGUCUGUUGGCCACUCAAGCCGUCUUAAGAUCCUCGUACCUGAAAAAGUAUCUCCAGAUGGACUGGCUUUACUCACCCCUCACUUUGAUGUUGACAAUCGUAAAGGGCUAACAGCCACUGAGCUUAUCAAUUUGAUCCCCAACUACCAUGGUCUGAUUAUUCGCUCCGAGACGCAAGUUACAGCUGAAGUCGUCCAAGCUGGACGGAAGCUGAGGGUUGUUGCUCGGGCUGGUGUUGGAGUUGACAACAUAGAUGUCCCUGCCGCAAGCGCCCAAGGCGUUAUUGUUGUGAACUCUCCUUCAGGCAACAUCCUUGCAGCGGCAGAACACACUAUUGCACUCCUCCUCUCAACAGCCCGUAAUGUGGGACAGGCAGACAGCAGUGUCAAGGCUGGCCGCUGGGAGCGAAGCAAACUCGUGGGAGUUGAAGUUGGCCGCAAGACUCUCGGCAUCAUCGGAUUGGGCAAGGUUGGAAUGAAUGUUGCUCGCAUGGCCAUAGGUCUCGGUAUGACAGUCAAGGCGGUCGACCCCUAUGCAAGCACCGACAUGGCUCGCCAAACUGGCGUUGAACUGGUUCCAGGGUUGGAGGACCUGCUUCCUGUGGUUGACUUUCUGACCAUCCAUACGCCCCUGCUUGCUACAACACUGGACUUAGUUGGCGAGGCAGAGUUUAAAAAGAUGAAGAAGACAGCUCGUGUGCUCAAUGUUGCACGCGGUGGUGUGUAUAACGAGGAGGCUUUGAUAAAAGCACUUGAUGAGGGAUGGAUCGCAGGAGCGGGUAUUGACGUCUGGUCUUCAGAGCCACUGGCUGCAGACUCAGCAGCAGCCCGGCUCAGUCAACACCACAAGGUUGUGGCGACACCUCAUCUGGGAGCUUCAACAAUUGAGGCACAGGAGAAUGUUUCCAUGGAUGUCUGCAAGCAGGUCCUUGAGAUUCUUCAAGGCGGACUUCCUACUAGCGCUGUCAAUGCCCCUAUUAUCAUGCCGGAAGAGUACCGUAAGCUGCAACCAUCUGUGCAGCUUGUCGAAAAGAUGGGCCGUCUCUAUACGCAGCACUUUGUGCGAAGUAAAGGAGGCAUGAUAGGGGGUCGUCGAUUCGAGCUCAUAUAUCACGGCGACCUGGCUGGCAUGACCAACACCAAGCCGCUGUUUGCUGCUCUUGUCAAAGGUCUUGUGUCCACGAUCAGCGACUCGCAUAUCAACAUGGUCAACGCAGCACUCAUUGCCAAAGAGAAAGGCAUUGUGAUUAGUGAGACUCGUUCUGGCGAUUCACCUUCGACUUAUGCCAACUUUGUGACACUACGUUCAUAUCAGGCUGGUAGCAGUGGCAGUGAGCAGGUAAUUGAAGGCUACGCGAGUGACGAACAAGUCUUCAUCUCCAAGCUGGACAGAUUCAAUGGUGUGUUUACACCAGAGGGAACCCUCAUUAUACUGCACAACUACGAUGAGCCUGGCAAGAUUGGAGGAGUAGGUAUGGUGCUCGGAAAGCACGGGAUUAACAUCAAGUUCAUGCAAGUGGCCAGUCUGGACCCCGAAGCUACUAAGGGAGCCGAUACCCCGCCUGACCCGAAAGGCAACGAGGCAUUGAUGAUUCUUGGUGUUCUCGGGCCGGUGAGUGGUGAAGUCUUGGAGGACUUGAAGAACUCCCCAGGAGUUCUUGAUGUUGGACUGGUUAAGCUGUGAUCAUGGUGCUGGCUGGUCGAACGAAGUGAGGAUAAGGUACCAUUCAACAUGCUCAGGGGUGGCAAUCGCGACCAUAGGAGUGACGGCUCAGAAGUAAACAAAAGACAAAAUAAACCUUGAUAUUAUGCGAUGA